UCAUUCAGCCUUUGCUCUCUCUCUUGCUCCGAGUUGGUUAAAAAGCUCUUCCUCUAAGACCCAUUUUUAUCUCUAAUGGAGUACACACUUUUUUUUCUUUCUGGAUUUAAUUACUGUACAGUGGUCAAGAAGCUGUCAGCUGCACUGAUUACAUUUUUAAUUAUAUUCUGAAGUAUCUCUUGAGAAGUCUCCCAUGAACAAUAAUGUGUUUAUAGUUCGUGUGGUGUGAAGGUGAGAGAAUGGACAUUAACAUGGUGCUGGGAGGUCAGGACAGCGUGCUGUUGGCUAGCAGUCCUGACCAUACAGUCAGCCGUCUUAAGCAUCCCUGUGAGGAGCAGGAUCGAAGCUGCAGUCCUUCUGUCCUGCACUUCCUGACCAGCACAUGGAAGGACGGUCUUCUGAACCGGAAACGGCCAUUCGUAGGGAGAUGCUGUCACUCUUGCACACCCCAGAGCCAGGGGAGACUUUUUAACUCGAGCAUCCCUUCAUUAGGACUUCGUAAUGUAAUUUACAUCAAUGAGACGCACACAAGACACCGAGGCUGGCUGGCCCGGAGACUCAGCUAUGUGCUCUUCGUCCUGGAGAGGGAUGUACAUAAAGACAUGUUCGCCCGCAAUGUAGUAGACAACGUCCUCAACAACACCAGGGUGCAGAGCGCUAUAGAUGAGGUGGCAUCAGAGACAAGAACUGACCAGAAGGCUGUGAGCAAAGUGAGGCGGAAGGCCAGAGGCUUUCUGCAAGAAAUGGUGGCCAACAUCUCACCUAGCCUCAUCAGGUUGACAGGAUGGACACUGUUGAAGCUGUUUAAUGGCUUCUUCUGGAGCAUUCAGAUCCACAAAGGACAGCUGGAGAUGGUGAAGAAAGCCGCCUCUGAGUACAAUGCUCCACUGGUCUUCCUGCCUGUGCACAAGUCUCACAUUGACUACCUUCUCAUCACCUUCAUCCUUUUCUGUCACAACAUCAAGGCACCACACAUUGCAGCUGGCAACAAUCUCAACAUCCCCAUCUUUAGCACGUUGAUUCGCAAACUGGGAGGAUUCUUUAUUCGCCGUAAAAUGGAUGAGAACGCAGAUGGAAAGAAAGAUGUUCUUUAUAGAGCUCUGUUACAUGCGUACACAGAGGAGUUGUUGCAGCAGAAGCAGUUUUUAGAGGUUUAUUUAGAGGGCACACGUUCUCGCAGCGGAAAGCCGUCUCCAGCUCGUGCCGGCAUACUGUCCAUCGUGGUGGACACCAUGUGUGCCGGUGCCAUUCCAGACGUGCUGAUCGUGCCCAUUGGUAUCUCCUACGACCGCAUUAUUGAGGGCAACUACAACAGCGAGCAGCUGGGAAAGCCCAAGAAGAAUGAGAGCCUAUGGGGAGUGGCCUGUGGUGUGUGGAGAAUGCUGCGAAAGAACUAUGGCUGUGUGCGUGUGGACUUCACUCAGCCUUUCUCUCUCAAGGAGUAUCUUGACACGCAGCGAAGUCGAAAUCUGCCUGCUCCGCUGACUCUAGAGCAGAUCCUCAUCCCAACCAUCAUUGCAGCUCGGCCAGAUGAGGCUGUGUUUAAUAGAGAAGAAGAAGAACACCCGGAUUCCAGAGAGCUGUCUGACGAGCCCUGGAGAAGGCAGGUCAUCUCUAACCUGGCCAAGCACAUUCUCUUCACUGCCAACAAGUCCUCAGCAAUCAUGUCUACUAACAUCGUGGCCUGUCUCCUGCUGUACAGACACAGACAGGGUGUGUUGUUGUCCAAGCUGGUGGAGGACUUCUUCAAUAUGAAGGAAGAGAUCCUUUCACGAGACUUUGACCUGGGUUUCUCGGGGAACUCCGAAGAUGUGGUGAUGCAUGCGAUCAACCUCCUCGGAAAUUGUGUGAAUGUGACCAGCACUAACAGAAACACAGAGUUUAUCAUCGCACCAAGCAACACUGUGCCUGCACUCUUUGAGCUCAAUUUCUACAGCAACGGCCUCUUUCACGUCUUCAUUGCUGAUGCUAUCAUAGCCUGCAGUGCUUUGGCCAUGCUGAGGGAGCAGGUUGCAGAUGAUGAACUCGCCACAUCCUCCACUCUGCUUAGUCAAGAGAGACUAAUUUGCCGUGCAGCAGGGCUCUCCCACUUCCUCUCCAAUGAGGUCAUUGUUGCCCUGCCUUGUCAGACGGUCUACCAGGUGUUCCAUGAUGCCGUGACCAGACUGAUUCAGUAUGGAGUGCUGAUUGUCGCUGAUGUUGAUCAGGAGGAGCUGAGCCCUUCGGAGGAACCCUGGCCUAAGAAGUUCCCAGAGCCUCUGUCCUGGAGGAGUGAUGAGGAGGAUGAGGACAGUGACUUUGGAGAGGAGCAAAGGGAUCGGUAUCUGAAGGUGAGCCUGUCGUCUGAACACCAGGAGUUUUUCACCUUUAUGCAGCGAGUGCUCAGCCCGGUGCUGGAAGCUUACAGCGGGGCGGCCAUAUUUGUACACAGCCUGCUCUCACCCAUGACCGAAAGAGACUACACACACAAACUCUUCAAAUACCUGCUUACACGCACUGAGAAAGGGGUGGCAGCCUAUGGAGAAAGCGCUACACACUACCUCGUGAAGAAUACAGUCAAAACAUUUAAAGAACUGGCGGUCCUGAAGGAGCGCUGUGAAAACGGUGUGUGUCAUCUGGAGCUGAGCCCUACGUUCCAAACUCAGGCCAAUAGAAACAAGCUCAUACAGUAUAUUCUGGGCUUUUGCCUGCUGUGAGUCGUCAGAUUUCUUUCUCCAUCUUGCUCAAGGGCUUCUACAGGCUACAACAAAUAUCAAAAAGUAAAGGUGCUAUUCUAUGGAAGAUUUACCUAGAAGUGCCUUCAGCAAACACCUAGGACUGGGUCCUGCCCAACUUACGCAGUUCAUUUCCUUCACACCUAUGAGGAUGGAUAUGCAGCUAGCUUGCUCAUCACUCAGACAGCUGUGAUCAUCACUGUUGUCUAAUUUGUUUUGCUUUUGCUUUAGGUUUCGUUUGUACCAUUUUUAGCUCUUUUGGAGCACAAGAAAGUCUCACUUUCUAUAUACAUGUUGCCUUCAAUUUAGAUCAGUGUACAUCAAGGAUAUCUGGUGUAGAUAAUACAUUAUAAGGGCAUUAAACUGGCUAGAAUUGCUAGGCAGCCUGUGCAUAGAAAGUGUAGCUCCUAACCUUCACUGUCCUGUAUGUGUAAAAAAAUAUUUAACCCAUUAACAAAUAUUACUGUUUAACUCUGGCAAAAAAAACAUGACAUCUUAACUGUUACCUUUUCCUACACUCAUUAGAUUAGAAUAUAAAGAGACAUAGAUUACCCUUGGUCUAUAUUUCACCGAAGUCGUAGGCAUGUAAUAAUCGCAUGUAGUAAUUGUCCUAAUUUUGUGAAACCGUUCUUCAAACCCUGGACCCGAGACACCAUGCGUACAUUUCGAAUAAAAUUUUCAAGAAUUACAUUAUAAACUUUCAGUAAAGAGAGAGGGAAGACAGAGGUCAUUUCCCACAGGCUGUUUUAGCUCACGUCACGGUACUUCUGUAAACAAAGGUGUGUACUUUACACAGCAGAAAGUUAAAGUACAUUACAAUGAUGUUGAGUGUGACUAAUUAAUGGAGGGCAAAAAAAACAACAAAAAAAAAAAGGGACCUAAAUUGUUAAAAAAAAAACUGCCUAGAUUAUCUGCAGGAUUUUUUUCCCCAAAAAAUGGCAGGAUUUAGAAAAAAAAAUGCACUUUAGUAGAUAUAUAAAAUAUAAUGCAGAUCAUGUUCAGAUAAUUUUUUUUUUUUAACCUUUUUUUUUUUUUAUGUGAGUUGAUGUUUAAGGAAAUGGUUUAUUGUGUAUGAAUUCAACCCCAAAAAGGCUUAUACCUUUUUUUUUUUUUCUUUUUUUUUUUUUUUUGUCAUGCAUGAUAUUUACACUUUCCGAAUUAAAAAAACGAAUCCUUUCAGGUUGGUGCUUUUAUUGUGCAGUUAUCACAGUGUUGAUCAUGAUUAGUAACAAAAGGCUUUCUUUAAAAUUACACGCGUCAUUUAGCGUUCAGAGUGCUGAACCCUUCUUUAGGCUUUUUUUUUUUUGUGGUAGUCAUAUCACAGUUCUCCUUUUCUUGAUCAUAACUUAAUAUUCAUAAAGAAUGCCUUAGAUAUUCUUGACUAGUGCACUACGUUUUUUUUUUCUUUUUUUCUUUGAAAUGCAGAAAGAAUGUAAAACGUCGUAUUACUUGUGUGCAUGACGUCUUUUAUUGGUUUUAUUGUACUGUGGUAUUUUUUUUUUUUUUUUUUGAGUAAUGGAGAAAUAGUGAGGCUGAUGAUUCAUAAAUGUCAUAAAUGAGUUAGAUUGCUUGAAUGCUCUUGUGAAUGUAUAGGUAAAGUGCAAUUUGUCUGCAUAUGUACAGAGCAAUGCUCUUAAUUAAAAAAAAAAAAAAAACGCUUAUUAUGGGCUGCUUAGAUGAAAAACAAGGAUAUGUCUGUUAAAUGCUUGUUUGCCUGACCUUUUUUUUGACAUAGAAAUUGUAAGACUUUGCCAAAACAUACUUGUUGAACAAGGCAAAAUAUGAUUAUAUAUGUGAUGAGUUGCUGAAACAUUUUAUGAAUAAGUAAAGCAUAUCCUGAUGCGGUCAACAUGAACUAUGUGUGUAAAUUUCCCCCCGGUAUGAAUAAUGCUGUGCUCCUCAGUGCUCUUUUACAAGAUCAGUGAUUAACAUUCAUAGCUAGUAAUGUGUUUAUUAUGAACUCAAACAUAAGCAACAACAUUUAUUAGACGUUUUACGAUUGGCUGAGCAGCUCAUAAAUGUUAAAUAUAUUCUUUAAUGAGUGUUUUUAAAUGCAGUGUCC